AUGGAGGGGAUCACAGGAAGCAUACUACUGUUGUGUCUUAUCAGCUUUGCUAACGCAAAUACCAGCCCUGUAAUCGACACUGCUGUUGAGACAGUGUGUGAAGACACCGGAAUAGGUCAAUAUGCGUUUACUAUUGUUGCAAGAGAUAAAGAAGGUGACACACUAACUUAUUCACUCACUGGGCCCAAUGCGGCAUUGUUCACUGUUGAUCCAUCUACUGGGACCGUACUGGUCGCUAAGCAUCUAGAUAGAGAGGCAGAAAAAACAAUAACGAUAAUAGUAAACGAUGCCAAUGACAACAGACCCCAAUUUACAGAGGCUUCAUACGAUACACAAGUCCCAGAAAAUACCCUGAUAGGUACUACUCUGUUUAGGGUGCAGGCAACAGAUGCAGACACUGGAAAUGCCGGUGUGGUUAAAUAUAGCAUUGCUGAAGCUACUCCAUCUGAGGGACUGAGUCUGUUUGCUAUUGGACAGAUAAAUGGGAUUGUCACAUUGACUGGAGCUCUAGAUUUUAGUGAAAAGAGCACUUUCUAUCGGUUGAAAAUUGACGCAACUGAUUCUGGAGGCAAAUGUGCUGAACCUGAUCUUGUAUUCCUGACAAAUACGGUCUUUGCCUUUAUUAAUGUCGAGGAUGUUCCAAACCGUGACCCAAUGUUCAUCAAUCUUCCCUACAAUGAGGAAGUUGAGGAGCAUUCUCCUUUGGGCACGUCUGUGGGGAAAGUUACCGCCAUUGACCAGGACAUCGGAAUCAAUGAUGCUAUGACCUAUAGCAUUGAAAAUUCCUCAGCCCCAGGUGACCUGUUUACAAUCUCAAAUGAGGGUGUCAUCAAUGUGAAGGCCGCAAUUGACAGAGAAGUUGUUGGUGACACUGUUACUCUGACUGUGAAGGCAACUGAGUCCACACCAAACAUUGAUGGGAUCCUGGCCAGUGCCACUACAAAAGUACAGAUCACCAUCGUUGACAUCAAUGACAAUGCACCAAAGUUUUACAAGUGCACAAGCUCAGAAGACGAUUCCUGUGUGCUUGCGUGUGAUUUCACAGGAGAGGUCUUGGAGCACUCGCUGGGGUCUAUUCCCAUCAACAUGACCGUCAUAGAUCUGGAUAAGAAUGUACGUACUGAACUAACCCUGGGUGGAGCUUACAAGGAUGUGUUUUCUGUGGAGCCUCAAUUAGCCACAACAAAAAGCAUUGUUCAGCUUGUGGUCAAGAAGCCUCAAGAACUGGAUUUUGAAAAAAUACAGGAAAUGGUUUUACAGGUGAUUGCUACAGAUCAAGAAAAAACUGAGUUCCGCACCACUGCCACAGUUACUAUUCAGAUCAAGGACACCAAUGACAACAGCCCCAAAUUCCUCCAAAAUACAUACAAGUUGAAUGUGACUGAGAACUCUCCUGUUGGGACAGAAUUGGCCACCAUCACUGCUGAGGAUCCUGACACAAUGGACCAAGGCAACCUCACCUACAGUCUUCUACCAGAGAGCAUACUUAGAUAUUUUGACGUGAAUCCACGUACAGGCGAAGUUUAUGUGACAAGCCUGUUGGAUCGCGAGGUCAGAUCUCUGUAUUCAGCAACUCUGCAGGCCACUGACACGGAUGGAAAACCCGGUACCACAGUGCUGGAGAUCACCAUCAUUGACAUCAAUGACAACAAGCCUGUCCCCAUCAGAGCCUCUUAUGUGGAAUAUGUUAUGGAGGGUCAACCUUUUGAACUUAAGAUAGAGGCUACUGAUGCUGAUGACCCUGAUACAGACAACAGCAAAAUCAUGUUUAAGAUUGUGCCAAGCGAGUACAGUGAUAACUUCACUAUUGACACUGACACUGGAGUGUUGAGAAACAAGGGUGAACUGGACCGUGAAGCCUUGAACCCAGAGCUGAACGGAAAGAUCAAGCUCCAAAUUGAUGUUACAGACAAGGGUACUCCCCCCUUGUCCAACGUGGUCAAUGUUACCAUCAAUGUAGAGGACAUCAAUGACAACAAGCCAAUAUUUCAAGAGUCCUCUUACAAAUUCAAAGUUAAAGAAGGAGAAAAAGGUGCAUUUGUGGGUUCUGUCUUCGCUGAGGAUUUGGACCAAAGCAAAGACUUUAACCGCAUCUCCUUUAGUAUCACUGAUGGAAAUUUUGGCAGUUUUAUCAUUCGCACCUACCAAGAGGGGUCGGGUUACAGGGGGAACAUCACCGUGGACCCGGACAUCGAGCUGGACUACGAGAGUGCACGCAAGAAAUUUACCCUGACGGUGGAAGCUGCAGAUCUGGAGCAGGAAAAAGCUACAGUAAAGGUAGAGGUGGAUGUGGAGGAUGUGAAUGAUGAAAGGCCCGUGUUCAAUCCGACUGAGCCUGUGACAGUGAAAGAGAACACCACCAUCAGUGGGGCUAUUGGGAAUUUCACAGCGGAGGACUUGGACGGAGAUCACUCACUGAUCUAUGAGCUGGUAUCCAUCAAAUGCAAUUGUAACAACUCCCUGACUCCUUGUGACUACGUUAUCCUGGAUCCAAAUGGGGAAGUGAGACUCAACCCAGAGAAAACGCUGGAUUAUGAACUAUGUAAGCAGGUGCUGGUGGAGGCUCGGGUGGUGGACGAGAACACACAGAAAGGAGAGAAUAGCAGUGUCCUAACAGAAGUAAUGGUGAUCAACAUCGAAGACAUCAACGACAACGCCCCAGAAUUCAUCUUCACAAAUUCUGUUUAUUUUGUGGUGUCAGAAACUGCAAGCAAGGGGACUUCAGUUGCAAAAGUCACUGCUACAGAUCGUGAUUCGGGAGUAAAUAGACAGAUUGAGUUUGAAGUAACAUCAGUCCAUUUUGAAAACCUCAACAACCACACAACUGAUGAGGGGAGGGUGUUUGAGGCUGUCACCAUACAGCAAAAGGAUGAUUACAUUGGGAUGAUUCAAACUACCGUAGCGCUUGGCAUGACACUGAAAGGGAAGUAUUUGGUAGGAAUAAAGGCAGUUGAUUCCGGCGGCCUCUCCACCAGCAUCUUACUGGAGAUUUUCACAGUUGACAAAUCAUAUCAAGUUGAACUUCGAUUUCUAAGAACCAAAGCUGAAGUUGAAAGCGACCGGGCUAACAUCAUCAGGGCACUUUCUCUUGCCACCCAGGCUUCUGUUGAAGUUGUUUCAAUUGAUUCCGAAACUGAUACUGAUGAAUCCAGGUCUACGGGCUGCAUCAUGUUGUCAUAUUUUGUCUUUCCCAAUGGGACUGCUCUCGCCUAUAAUGAAGUGGAAAAGAUGCUUAAUGAUCCUAAACAUUCUCCUAUACUGAAACAGUUGGGUCUUGCGUACGUUGGGGAUACUACUCCGGAGAGUUCAGAAGUGGACGUUGAGCUGUUCGCUCUGCUUGGGAUGGUGGGAGGCCUCAUCAUCGUGCUGGUUGUCCUCACCACUUCACUGGUGUGCACUCGCAGAAACUACAGGAGGAAACUAAAGGCAGCUAAAGCCAUGAACUCUGCAUCUCAUCCUGAUGACAACCAGAAAAGUGGUCCUGUGGUGCCUGGAACCAACAAGUACACCAUGGAGGGGGCUAACCCUGUACUCAACCUCAUGUACGACACAGCCAUGGUCCUGGACUUAGAUGAAGAGAGCUCAGAUGUAGACAAAGUCAGCCUCAAUUCCCUGGACUACAGUGAUGACAUUUCCAUGCCUGUAAAGGAUCCACUAACCAUCAUGGUGAGGCUACAUUACAACUCAUCUUCAUUUGAGGAGGAAGAGGAAGAUGAGUCAGUAGAAUACGCUGAACCUCUGAGUGCAGCGCUGGCCCAACGGGGCCAGAAGAAUGCCGGCAAUGUUCAUGUGGGUUUUGUUAACCCUGCAUUCAGCACUACAGAUCUGUGA